CGACGGCAAUGAGGGCCUGUCGCUCGCCCGUCUAUGCCUUCACGUCUUUCCGAGGUCUUGUUACUUUGUCGGCCAGGAGCCGGGUUAAUCCUUUAUUACCCUCAUGUCGGCGAUAUGACCACAUCCUCGCGCGUGCGCUCAAGGAAGAGCCCGUCAACCUCGAUCCUGGCGAGCCUGUCGAGCCGCAGGAGGAACCGGAGAGUCACAAAAAGAACGAUUCCUACAACAAGCAGCCUACCUUUGCUAGCUUGAGGGGAUCCAUCUCUGACAAUACCCUCAAGGCACUCACCCACCGUCCAUUCACACUCACUCACAUGUCACCCGUCCAGGCAGCGGUCCUUCCUCUUCUACCAAAACUUUCCGAUCCUCAUGAACCGGGUGUCGAUGCGGACGCAUCACCUCCUCGAGACCUCCUCGUCAAGGCAAAAACUGGUACAGGAAAAACGCUCGCCUUUUUGAUCCCCGCUAUCGAGGCUCGACUGAAGGCCAUUGAACGUGCCGGCCUUGAUACUCAGACAUCAGGUAUCUCGGAUCCUCAUGCGAGGCACAGGGCCGAACUUUCGUUCGCGAGACAACAGGUUGGCACGCUCAUCAUCAGCCCCACCAGAGAGUUGGCAACCCAGAUUGCGAACGAGGCGAUUAGGGCAAGCUUUUGGCACAAGGGUUUCGAAGUCAGGCUGUUUACCGGAGGUGCGAGCAAACGGAAUCAGAUGCGCGACUGGAUGAAGGGCCGCCGCGAUAUUGUCGUCUCUACCCCCGGUCGUCUUCGUGAUUUGCUGCACACGGAACCAGAGGUUGCUGAAGGGAUUAGGAAGACUCAGAUUCUUGUUCUUGAUGAAGCGGACACACUGCUCGAGAUGGGCUUCCGCGACGACAUCGACGCCAUCAUCGAUUUUCUGCCCAAGAAGCCCGUUCGCCAGACCUUCCUCUUCUCUGCUACUCUCUCCCCAGCCAUUCAGCAGGUUGCGCGCGCGGCUCUCGACAAGAAGCACACCUUCAUUGAUGUUGUUCCUGUUGAUUCGUCGCCUGUUCAUGCACAUGUGCCCCAGUACCACACUGUCCUCCCCACGGCCGAGAAACAGAUACCUCACAUCUUGAACCUCAUCGCCCACGAUCAGCUUGUCAACCCCGGUCGGUCGAAGAUCAUGAUCUUCUUUCCCACGACAAAGAUGACUCAGCUUUUCUCUACGCUACUCGGUCAAUUGGCUAAGACGACCCUUCCGGCAGGCACUGCUACUAGGACGUACGAGAUUCACUCCAAACGGACACAAGAAUCGCGUUCUUCGGUAUCGGAUGCCUUCCGCUCUGACAAAAGCGGCGCCUCCAUCCUUAUCACUUCCGAUGUAUCCGCUCGUGGAGUUGAUUACCCCGGCGUGACGCGCGUCAUCCAAGUCGGUAUCCCCGGCGGCACUGAAUUAUAUGUUCAUCGCGUUGGCAGAACUGGACGAGCCGGAACGAACGGACGUGGCGACCUUGUCCUUCUCCCCUGGGAAAUCGGUUUUGUUUCUUGGCAGCUCACAGAUGUCCCGAUGAAGCCUCUCACUUUCACCGAGCUUGAUUCACAUGUGAAGGAACUCGCCAAGAAAUACGAUGAAGAACCGGAGUCGUUCUGGAAAGGUCUUAAGGUCGCCGAACACGGCGAGCCGCAAUAUGAUCGCUCAGGUCGUAAAGCUCUUCGGUUACCCACGAAAUACCCGCAGACACUAUCCUCGAUGGUCGAAGAAACCCCUACUAUCGUUUCUGCGCUAUUGGACAAAUUGGACGAGUCCGCUAUUAGGGAGACCGUGGGCUCGAUGUUGGGUUAUUAUAUUGCCAAGUCGCCCGAAUUGCGGGUUCAAAAGCCUGUCAUCGUUAAGGGUCUCAUGGACUGGUCCGUUCAGGCGCUCGGUCUGCCGCAGGCUCCUAUUUUCUCCCAAGCGUUCCUUGAGCGAUUGGGCUUCUCGGACGGAAGGACAAAGCACUUCGGCAGGGCUCCUCAAAGAGAGCGAAGGACGGACCCGCGCCAGCCGCACUGGAUGGGUCGAGGCACACGAGCCUCCAGAGAGGACGAGGGCGAGAGAGGAGGAUGGGACAGCGAGGGUGGCGACCGAUUCCAGAGGAACAAUAGAAUGGGCAGUGGUGAGCGUUUCCCGAGGCAUGAUAGGACUGAUGGCGAUCGGUUCUCGGGUGGCGAUCGGCCUUCAGGUGGUGAUCGGUUCUCGAGGGACGAUCCUCGUGGAGAGCCUUCGGAAUAUCGCAGCAAGCGGUACGAUUAUGGAAAGGGCGCGACGCGGCCAAGAAGGGAGAGCAAGGACGAGUAUUAGUCUUUCGUGAGUUCCCUUUUUGACUGCCAGGAGCACGCAGAUGUAGACGGGGAGAGGGGGCACUAUAUAUUACAUUAUUGCUGUUACCUUGUACUAUACUCAUAAUGGUCGCAUUCAUCUAGUCUCCUCACCACCUCAUCAGUCACAGUUCAGUCUCCUUGCUAGAGUUACUUACAUCGCCAAAAAGUAUGUAUGGUUCACAUCGUGCGCCGCUCGCUGUUUGUUACAUUCAUUCAUUAUGAGGAGCAAAAGAAACUGAGACAGUUUGAUGUCCCGCCAAAUUUCGGAUCC